CCAACUCGGGCCUUCCUUGUCCAGCAUAUGUCGUCGCUGAAGCAGGUGCGCAGCGGCGAGUCUGCGUCCGCGCGCGACGUGCGUCAGUUCGGAGGAUGUUGAGAUGCCUAUUCUGCCGCGCGCCAGAGUAGAUGUCUACUAUGCAGGCACGGAGCAGACCGGCACCCCCGCCAUACAGUUUGAAAUGCCGCUGCGCGACGACACCUCAUUUGAGGAUCUGAGGGGGGUGGCCCAUGAAAGGUGGUGGCCUGCUACGACCAAGCCGGAGACCAGAAGCCGCCCGCUGUUUACCAAAUCGUGCUUGCCGAUGGCGAAGAGCCUUCCCUCCUUUCCGACCCUGUCAAGUGCGUAUGCUUGAAGACGCCACACCACACAUGCACAUGUGUCACAACGUGUGCUUUCUAUUGCACUCCUUCUGUCUAUCAGGUCUGUGUAUCAGGAGAAGAUCGAAGCGAAGAAGACCAUCAAGAUCGUCAUGACCGCACCCGCACCAAGUGAGUCGGACAGGGACCAAAAGACAAAUGCUUGCGCCAUUUGCUGUUUACGGUGCUUGUUUUUGGGUUGCUGUACCAGGACGGAAGAGACCGACGAAGAGUCAACCGCACUCAACUCAGCACCAAACGAAGCCAGCCAGCGCAAAUCCGACAACCCAUUCGAAUCAAGGCGUCUUCCUGCGGGGCAGCGGCCAUGGAUCACGGUUUGCCUCGUCAGCCUCUUCCGAGUUACUGAAGCCACUCCUCGAGACAACGUGAGACGAUAUCUUAUCGGCAAACUCGACCAAUGGCCUGCACAGCGUUGAAACGAACCAACACAGCUGAGAUGCUCCAGCUCCGCGCACCUCUCUUGUUCCUCCUGGACUGCAUCGAGCUUGCGGUUGAUCCUCUCGCGCAGCUCCAAUUCAAUCGGGCGGCCUGCUGGGCGGCUGUCAUAGCCACCUUCAUGGCUUCUUACAUAGACAUACUCAACGCGGCGGCCCAAAACCUAGAUGCCCGGUGGGUGGGUGCACUCAUCCAACAACCGGACGGCACGUGGAAGAGAAGACGUGGUUUUGAAAACUGGCUGCUAUGGCUAUGGCUGCGGGAGAUGUGGGGGGUGUGCAUGCGGCCGUCGAUGUUUUGGUUUUCGUUGACCCUACUCGCUCUUUUCUGCUGGGGACUCUCGCACAGGAUUCGUGUUGGAUACUGAUGAUUGAUGCACAUGAUUGAUGCACAGUUUCUUGUGCCGGUGACCGUUUUUGCGUGCCUUGUCUGUUUCUGCUUCUUCAUUCGUUAUCUGUGACACAAGUACGGUGGACACCGUAGGGAAAUAUGUAUGUCAAAACUCUGUCACACAGCUCUGUGCUCUGAUGAAUCA